UGAAGUAAAGAUGGAACUUCGUUCUUCAGAUCAGGUAUGUAUUCUCCAUUCCCUCUUUGUUUCUCUGUCUUUCAGCUCAUGGUUGUAGUUUACUCUGCUGAUCUACCUGCCGGCUGUAUUUGACUACGGACUGUGUGUUUCCUCCUCCUGCUGCUCCAGUAUUCAAAUGCUGCCAUUCUUUAUAGCACAGUGGAAGAGAGAGACUAAGAAAGAGAGCUGAGUAAAAAGACAGAAAGUGGUAGAGUGAGUCUUGGUGUUUUGUUUUUUGUUUUUCUAUGUAAAACAUGUCAGGAGAACUGUGGUAGUUGUCCAAAGAGAGAAAGAGAGACGCCGACACAUCUCAUUCUCUCUAAAAGACAACAAAGACGCAAACUUAAGCCUCGACAUCCAGGACAACAAAAAAGAGAGACAUCUUUCCAGAAGAUAAACAUGACAUAUCAUCAUGGACCUUGAAGAUGCUCUUUGACUUCCCUCUCUCUCACCUCCCCCCUCUGUCAUGGAGUCUGACCCGAACCACCUCCGUGACCCCUACAAACCAGACGCGGAUGACGGCGAGCUGCCCGAUCUGGAGUGCGCCAUCUGUUUCUGCCAGUUCAACAACAUCUUCAACACCCCUAAAGUACUAGAAUGCAACCACACCUUCUGCCUGGAGUGUCUAGCGCGGAUGAACGUGAAGUCCGCCCAACCCAACACCAUCCAGUGCCCGCUGUGCCGUGCCUACACCCCGUUACCAGACCUGGGUCUUCCCAAGCUUGCGAACGACUCCACGGUGCUGUCUUACCUCCCGACCGCCAUGCAGCACGUCUACAGCAUCCGUUUUAAUCGCAACAAAGGCAAACUGCAAGUGAAGAGAGUGCCCAGUUCUGCCCCGGCUCAAUCACACACCAUCGGCCAGAGCCUGGACGUCGGGAACCCGGCAGGAGAGGAGGCGGAGCGCGCCUCGGCCAGAGAGAGGUCUCUGCUGAUCACCAUACUGCGCUCGUCACUCUGCAAAGCUUUCCUCAUGAGUACGGUGGCCAUAAUGACAGUCAUUCUCGUCAUUGCGAUCACCUUGAAUUUUAAACCACCUGUUUAGAUCACCACUGGCACAACAAACAAGCAACGUGACGAACAUAUUUUUCAAUGUUUCCACACGAAUCAAGCUGUCCCUCGGAAGGCUACUGCUAUAUUUGACAGCUGAGAGUAAAAAAAAGUACUGUGAAUCUACCAUGGUAUUUAGAUGGUCACUUCACUAUGGCACACCAUGACACCUUGUAUCUUUUUAUUCGCGUCCCUUAAAGGGAUACUCCACCC